GUCUAGUUGUCCUUCUCAGUCCUAGCCGGUAAAUGUGUCAAACGUCGGUAGAUUCUAGCUGGACUGUCUGAACUGUGUGCUAGCUGCUACUGAACAUCAGAUGGGAACUUCCAGUCUGAAUAAACAGAAGUAGCCACUGUUCCUGCACUCAUCUGAGAUAUGUCUGGUCAUGCGUGUGCCCGCAUCCUACACAGAACCACAAGAUGCACACGGACACACUCUCCGCUGUGUCACCAUUAUGGCCACUGCUUGCCAACCGCAUCUUGGUGGCCUUUAGCCCAGACUGUCUGCCUUUCCUCCAGGGCAUGCUCUCAUGUAGGACGCUUUGGCAGCCAAGGUUCUAGUCCCAGGUCCCUGGCUGGCUUUGACUUUCAAACUCAAAGGCUCCUCUCAACACGGCAGGAUAUGGAUUUCCAGCACAACCGGGUCCAGAUUAACAGCAUUUUAAGAACCAAUGAGCAGUCUGUGAGUGUCCCUGAGUUUGAUGGGAGGGGUCUUAGCGCUGUGAGGAAGUUUGACAGCAACCAGCUGCCAGCCAACACUCCCAACGAGGACCGCCGCAGCACUGCCACCUGCCUACAGACUAAAGGAAUGCUGUUUGGAGUGUUUGACGGCCACGGGGGCUGGGCAUGUGCCCAGGCGGUCAGCGAGCGGUUGCUGUACUACGUCGCUGUAGCCUUGAUGUCUCAACGUAGCCUCGAGGAACUGGAGAGGUGUGUCGAGCAGGGCAGGCCCCUGCCUCCCAUCCUGCAGUGGUACAAACACCACAGCGACUACAACUACCGCGAGUCUGCCUCGCUCUACGUCGACCACCUCAGAGUCUUCUGGCAGGAGCUGCUGGACAGCGAGGAACACGGCGAUGGCAUGAGCCCCCCUGAUGCCCUGGCCUAUGCCUUCAAGCGCCUGGACACAGAUAUAUCUCUGGAGGCCCAGGUCCCUUUAUCCAGUGACCUCAUGAGAAGCACAGCCAUACAAGUAGCGUUUUCUGGCUGCACUGCGUGCGUUGCUCACGUGGGGCCUGAGGGCAUCCAUGUGGCCAAUGCCGGGGAUUCCCGGGCAGUGCUGGGGGUGCAGGAGACGGACGGGUCCUGGAGCGCACUGCCCCUAUCUUUGGACCACAACUCCCAGAACCAGUCUGAGAUGAAGCGGAUCCGGGCCCAGCACCCCCCCUCAGAGAGGGACACGGUUGUCAUGGACAACAGACUGCUGGGAGUCCUGAUGCCCCUCCGUGCUUUUGGUGAUGUCAGGUUUAAGUGGAGCCAUGAGCUGCAGCAGAGCGUUCUAGACAGCCUGGAGUCCGGAGUGGACCUGGACUCUCUCAACCUGUACCAGUACACCCCACCCAACUAUCUUACCCCUCCUUACUUGGAUGUUGCUCCUGAACUGGUCUAUCACAAGCUGCGGCCUCAGGACCGCUUUUUGAUCCUGGGCUCUGACGGGCUGUGGGAUGAAAUGGGAAACGAGGAGGCGGUCCGCCUGGUCGGGGAACACCUGAGUGGGAUUCACCUACAGGCUCCAGUGUCUGCCAGUGAGAGGCAGCUGAACCUGGGCCGGAUGCAUGAGCUCCUGCAGAGACGGCUCGCUCGUGCCAACCCCUCUCCAGAUCCCAACGCUGCCACACACCUCAUCAGGCAUGCCUUGGGUACGGGGGAGUACGGAGAGCUGAGCCAGGAGAGGCUGGCCGCCAUGCUGGCUCUACCAGAGGACCUGGCACGCAUGUACAGGGAUGACAUCACAGCCACUGUGGUGUACCUGAACUCUGACCUGAUCAAGACUCACCAUAGCUAACAGCCACUGUGGUGUACCUGAACUCUGACCGGAUCAAGACUCACCGUAGCUAACAGCCACUGUGGUGUACCUGAACUCUGACAUGAUCAAAACUCACCGUAGCUAACAGCCACUGUGGUGUACCUGAACUCUGACUUGAUCAAGACUCCCCAUAGUUAACAGGCAAACUCUCACUGUCUUACUGUUAGACAUACUUUCUCUCAAGUCAAGUAGACUAGUGGUGUCACAUCUUCAAGAUGGAUUUCAUACACUGGACACUUAUUUAAAGAGACUACCUCAUUAUGGGGAUAGUCCCAAAAAUGUCCAUUCAAAUAAUUCUGGAUAUUUCUUCUUGCCCAUUGCGAUCCUUUUUAAUUUUACACAGAUCAGGAUUCUGCAGUUCAUGUUACUUUGCCGGACACUUCAUGAUUUUAAAGGUCAAUUUUAAUGGACAAGUUGCACAACCUCACUUUAUUCUCAUAGGUCAUCUUGUAUGUAGGAAAUAAUACACAUUUAUUUUUAUGUUUCAGAACAUAUCUUUUUCAAGAAAUGGCUUUAGACAAUCUACAGAAAGUGCGUCAGUUAUAGUUUUUAUAAUGUACUAUUCUGCAUCAUAAAUAUACUUUUCAAUUAAUUCACUUUAGAGUUCAAUGCGGAUGAAGCCGUCCAUUGUUGUCUUUUCCUUGUAAUUGACACAUCUGGCUAUUGUUAGUGGUUUGUUGUGUAGGUGAAUACUCAGUUGUGAUUCAAUAGAAUGUGAUUUUAUCACUCAUACAAUAUAUAUUCCCUCCUUUGGCUAUUUUAUAAAAUCCAUUGAUUAAAGACUAAAUAAUAAAGAGUAUUUUUAUUUGUA